CGUUUGACUUGAUCCCCCUCCUCAACCCCCACUCGCCCUAAACCCUCGCCGAGUUGCAGUCCCCGCUCUCUGUCCCCUUUCUCCUUAAACCUCUAGAACCCCAAUCCUAGAGAAAAACCCAGACGCAUAUAUACGCACACACGUAUAUAUAUAUAUACACGCUCAUCUCUCGUCGCAUACGACCACUGCUGUCGUUCUGUGAAAAUGGCACCGCCUUUCAAGAAACCUGAGGCCAAGAAGAAGGCCGGAGAUGCUCCAAAGUUCAACAAGUCCUCCAAAAAACCGUUCAAACCAAACAAGGACCAAAACGACGACGUCAGGUCUGAAGCCGUCGCUUUGCAGCUCGAAGACGACGUCCCCGACUUCCCCAGAGGGGGAGGAAGUGCUUUGAAUCGACAAGAGCGGGAUGAAAUUCGGGCCGAAGUCGAUGCUGAAUUUGAGGCAGAGGAGCGGGAGCUGAAGAAGAGGAAGAAGAAAGGGAUGCAGAAGAAUAGUGUCGCAACGAAGGAGGACGAUUUGGGGUCGCUUUUCGGUGACGGUAUUUCUGGAAAGCUACCUAAAUAUGCAAACAAGAUCACUAUGAAGAAUAUUUCUGCUGGAAUGAAGGUCUGGGGAGUUGUCUCUGAAGUAAAUGAAAAGGACCUCGUAAUUAGUCUUCCAGGGGGAUUGCGUGGAUUAGUUCGAGCUUCUGAAGCUUUUGAUCCUAUUUUGGAUGAUGAAAAUAAGGCUGUAGCAGAUAGUCUCCUUCCUAGCGUAUUCCAUACUGGGCAGCUGGUAUCUUGCAUUGUAUUGAAGUUAGAUGAGGAUAAGAAAGAGAAAGGGAAAAGGAAGAUCUGGCUUUCUUUGCGCCUAUCUUCGUUGUACAAGGGCUUCACUUUGGAGUCUGUUCAAGAAGGCAUGGUCCUUACUGCAUAUGUUAAAAGCAUUGAAGACCAUGGUUAUAUUCUCCAUUUUGGUUUAUCUUCAUUUACGGGAUUUUUGCCAAAAAAGAGUGAAUCUGACACCAAGGAGAUUCAACUGAAAGCUGGGCAACUACUUCAAGGUGCUGUUAAAAGUGUUGAUAAAAUCCGCAAGGUUGUGUAUUUGAGUUCUGACCCAGAAACUGUGUCAAAAUGUGUGACCAAGGAUCUCAAGGGAAUUUCAAUUGAUCUACUCGUUCCAGGCAUGAUGGUUAAUGCUCGUGUGCUAUCGACCCUUGAAAAUGGGGUUAUGUUAUCAUUUCUAACUUACUUUACUGGAACUGUUGAUUUAUUCCAUCUGCAAAAUAGUUGCCCUACCAUAAACUGGAAGGAGGAGUACAAUCAACACAAGAAGGUUAAUGCUCGAAUAUUGUUUAUUGAUCCUUCAACUAGAGCUGUUGGUUUGACACUGAAUCCACAUCUUGUCCGUAACAAGGCUCCUCCUUCACUUGUUAAAAUCGGAGACAUAUGUGAUGACUCAAAAGUGGUUAGGGUCGACAAAGGAUUGGGCCUUCUGCUUGAAAUACCAUCUACCCCGGUUUCAACUCCGGCAUACGUUAGUAUAUCUGAUGUGGCUGAAGAGGAUGCUCGAAAGCUUGAAAAAAAGUUCAAGCUAGGUAGUCGUGUUCGUGUCAGAAUUCUUGGUUUUAGACACCUGGAAGGGCUUGCGACAGGGACUUUGAAGGCCAGCGCUAUGGAAGGGACAGUCUUUACUCAUUCUGAUGUCAAGCCUGGGAUGGUGGUGAGAGGUAAAAUCAUAGCUGUGGACAGCUUUGGUGCUAUCGUGCAAUUUUCUGGUGGUGUGAAGGCACUUUGCCCUCUUACUCAUAUGUCUGAAUUUGAAAUUGCAAAGCCUGGAAAAAAAUUUAAGAUUGGAGCUGAACUUCUGUUCCGUGUGCUUGGUUGCAAGUCCAAGAGAAUAACUGUUACACACAAGAAAACACUUGUGAAAUCGAAACAUGGGAUUGUUAGUUCAUAUGCUGAGGCUGCUGACGGAUUAAUCACCCAUGGGUGGAUAAGAAAGAUUGAAGAACAUGGAUGCUUUGUCCAUUUUUACAAUGGAGUCCAAGGAUUUGCUCCAAGAUCUGAACUCGGAUUGGAACCAGGAUCUGACCCAAGUUCAAUGUAUCAUGUUGGGCAAGUUGUCAAAUGUAGAGUUAUCAAUUCCAAUCCUACAUCAAGGCGGAUCAAACUUAGCUUCGUAAUAAGGCCUGCAAGGGUUUCUGAGGAUGAUGUAGCCAAGUUGGGUUGCCUUGUUUCUGGAGUUGUUGAUCGAGUAACCCCCAGUGCUGUUUAUGUUAAUGGAAAAGGUUACUCGAUGGGAACAAUUUUUACUGAUCACUUGUCAGAUCACCACGGGCUUGCUGCUUUGAUGAGGUCAGUUUUGAAGCCUGGAUAUGAAUUUGAUCAAUUGCUGGUGCUAGACAUUGAAGGGAACAAUUUGAUCCUUUCUGCAAAAUAUUCUUUGAUUAAUUCACUUCAGCAGCUUCCCUCAGAACUCAGUCAAGUUCAUCCUAACUCGCUAGUACAUGGCUACAUUUGUAACUUAAUUGAAACUGGGUGUUUUGUUCGCUUUCUUGGGCGUUUGACUGGUUUCUCCCCCAGGCAUAAGGCAAUGGAUGACCCUAAAGUUGAUCUUUCAGAAACCUAUUUCAUUGGACAAUCUGUUCGCAGUAAUAUACUAAAUGUCAGUAGCGAAUCAGGUCGAAUAACACUGUCGUUGAAGCAGUCAUCUUGCUCUUCAACAGAUGUGUCCUUUAUUCAGGAGUACUUUAUGUUGGAGGAGAAGAUUGCUACGCUGCAACUGUUAAACUCAAAAGAAUCCAAGUCAAAUUGGUCAGAAGGAUUUACAAUUGGCAGUGUUGUUGAGGGUAAAGUACAGGAGGUAAAGGAUGUUGGAGUUGUUGUCAACUUUGAGAAAUAUAAUGACGUCUUUGGUUUCAUCACACACUACCAAUUAGGUGGGACCGUUGUAGAAACAGGCUCCAGCGUUCAUGCAGUUGUACUUGACGUUGCCAAGGCGGAGCACCUUGUUGAUUUAUCGAUGAAACAAGAGUUCACUAAUAAAUUCAAAGAAAGUUCUGACAAGAAAAGUCAUAAGAAGAAACGAAAAAGUGAAGCAUUGGAUGACCUGGAGGUACAUCAGACAGUAAAUGCAAUUGUUGAGAUUGUGAAAGAGAAUUACCUGGUUCUUUCAAUCCCCAAGUAUAAUUAUGCUGUAGGAUAUGCAUCAAUCUCCGACUACAAUACUCAAAAAGUUCCUCAGAAACAGUUUUUGAAUGGACAAAGUGUUGAUGCCACUGUUAUGGCUCUUCCAAGCCCUACAACAACAGGUAGGUUGCUUUUACUACUUAAAUCUAUAAGUGAGUCCGAGACAUCCAGUUCAAAACGGGCAAAGAAGAAGUCCAGCUAUAAAGUGGGAUCUAUGGUUGAGGCAGAGAUUACAGAAAUAAAGCCUCUUGAACUAAGAUUGAAAUUUGGAAUUGGCUUGCAUGGGCGGGUUCACAUUACAGAGCUAAAUGAUGAGUUUCUGGAAGACCCAUUUAAUAACUUCAGAAUUGGGCAAACAGUGGCUGCAAAGAUCGUUGCCAAGACUAAUUAUUCAGAUAACAACAAAAAGAGCUACCAGUGGGAUCUUUCCUUGAAAUCUACAAUGCUAACGGGUUCCUGUGAAAUAGGGGAAAAGAUUAUAACUGAAGAUCUUGAUUUCUCAACCGGGCAAUGUGUCUCUGGUUAUGUUUAUAAAGUGGAUGGUGAAUGGGUCUGGUUGACAAUAUCUCGAAGUGUUAGGGCUCAGCUUUUUAUUCUCGACAGUGCUUGUGAGCCUAGUGAACUUAAAGAAUUUCAGAAACGCUUUCACCUGGGAAAUGCUGUAUCUGGUUAUGUCUUAAGUGUUAACAGGGAGAAAAAGCUAUUGCGCCUGGUUCUGCAUCCUUUUUCUCCCAUCUCUGAUAAAACUGUUGAUCAUGGGGUUCCAAAGAUGGAUGAUUCACACAUUAACAUUAUGAAUGAGAAUGUUACUGCUCAUAUUCGCGAGGGACGUGUUAUAGGUGGGAGAAUAAUUAAAAAACUUCCAGGUGUUAGUGGAAUGACUGUGCAAAUUGGACCCCAUCUUUAUGGCAGGGUCCAUUAUACUGAACUUUACGACUCAUGGGAGUCUGACCCAUUGUCUGGAUAUCAUGAAGGGCAAUUUGUCAAAUGCAAGGUCCUUGAACUUAUCCGCUCUGUGAAGGGAACUUUCCACAUUGAUUUGUCUUUGCGCGCUUCUUUAGUUGGCGGGCUCCGUCCAGAUUUUGUGGAACCCCAGGAUGACACGCAUUCUCAAACCAAACGUGUGGAAACGAUCGAAGAUCUUAAUCCUAACAUGGUGGUUCAGGGUUAUGUUAAAAAUGUAAUACCAAAGGGGUGUUUUAUUUUACUUUCGCGGAAGCUUGAUGCGAAAAUUCUCGUCUCCAAUUUAUCUGAUGGAUAUGUUCAAGAUCUCGAAAAGGAAUUCCCAGUUGGAAAACUUGUAACUGGCAGGGUUUCAUCUGUGGAGCCAUUAUCAAAGCGAGUUGAAGUCACCUUGAAGACAUUGAACACAAGCAGUGUGCCACAAUUUGGAAGUGAUAAUUUGGAUAGCUUGCGUGUUGGAGAUAUAAUCUCUGGCAGGGUAAAAAGGAUGGAGUCAUAUGGUUUAUUCAUCACGAUUGACAACACAAACUUGGUUGGACUAUGCCAUGUGUCGGAGCUUUCAGAAGAUAAACUUGACAAUAUUGAAACUAAAUACAAAACAGGAGAGAGGGUGACAGCAAAAGUAUUGAAGGUGGACAAGGAAAGGCACCGAGUUUCUCUCGGGAUGAAGGAUGUUUAUAUUAUGGACAAUGAUGACCUUGAGACGCCUUCAGAACAAGAUCCUGAUGAAACCAUUGUGGAGAAUGUUCUUACGGAUGUUACUAUGUCAGACAUAUGUCCCGAAAGCAAUUCAUUUUUUACCCAGGACAUGGACGUCGAUAGUAAAAAUGCAGAAUCCCAGUUUCUUGCACAAGCAGAAUCUAGAGCUUUUGUUCCUCCGCUUGACGUCACUCUUGAUGACAUAGACCAAUUCGACGGUGAAGAUAAAGAGCAUCUUGAUGUAGACACUGUCAACGAAAAGAAAAUGCAGCCGACAAAGAAAAAAGCUAAGGAAGAGAGGGAGCGCGAAAUAAGGUCUGCCGAGGAAAGACUAUUGGCAAAUGAUAUACCCAGAACCGAUGAGGAAUAUGAGAAACUAGUUAGAACUUCUCCAAAUAGCAGUUUUGUCUGGAUAAAAUAUAUGGAAUUUGUGCUCUCUGCAUCUAAUGUUGAGAAGGCACGCUCAAUUGCUGAAAGGGCUCUGGCAACAAUAAAGUUGGACAAAGAGACUGAGAAGGAGAAGCUCAAUGUUUGGGUGGCUUAUUUCAAUUUGGAAAACAAAUACGCAAGUCCUCCAGAGGAAGCUGUAAAGAAAGUCUUUCAAAGAGCAGUACAGUGUAAUGAUUCCAAAACGGUUCAUUUAGCACUUUUAGGACUGUAUGAAAGGACUGAGCAACACAGGUUGGCUGAUGAGCUACUUGAUAAAAUGACAAAGAAGUUCAAGACUUCCUGCAAGGUUUGGCUAAGGCGGGUAAAGCUGCUCUUAACGCGACAGCAGGAUGGGAUUCAGGAUGUUCUCAGUCGUGCUGAGAAAGUCCUUCCUAAGCAUAAGCUUAUCAAAUUCAAUUCCCAGACAGCUAUCCUUGAGUUUAAAUGUGGAGAACCCGAGAGAGGACGAUCCAUGUUUGAGAAUAUUUUGCGGAAUAACCCUAAGAGAACAGACUUGUGGAGCGUCUACCUUGAUCAAGAAAUUCGACUUGGAAAUAGCGAUCUGAUUCAUGCACUAUUUGAGAGGGCAACUAGUUUGAGUCUCCCAGCAAAAAAGAUGAAGUUCUUAUUUAAAAAGUAUCUGGCGUACGAGAAGUCACGCGGCGAUGAAGAAAAGAUCGAGUAUGUGAAACGGAAGGCAAUGGAGUAUGUGGAGAAUACAGUAGCUUGAUAUCAAUUGUUCCUCUUACUACGAAGGAACAAAGUUUCCUGGUUCAUAAUCUUCAGAUUGUCAACCAAAUUUGCUGUUGGCCGCUUAUACGAGAGAUGGGGGAUGGCCAAUUUAUCGUCAUUGUUGCAAUGUCGUUUCAGCUCAAUGAGGAGGCUACAUGGCAGGAUGUAGAAGGCUACCAUGGAUGAAGCAUUUAGAAAUUUGAAGACCAAUUGUCCCAAGGUUGUAAGAAAUAACUGACAACUACGUAAGAUUUCCGUCGGAAAGAUAUUGGCGCUCUUUUUUUUUUUGUUGAAACUGAAACUUAUCAUUUUUUCUACGGGCGGCGGAGUUUUGAUCUCAAUUGUAACCCUUCGAGAAUUGCAAGUUAAUAGAAUUCUUCGGUUGAGUAGUUUUCUAGUGAAUUUUUCCGUGUUUUUGUUUUCACCCCUUUGUUUUUGGUGAGAAGAUUCAAUAUCCGACAAUUAUCUUUUGCAAUGCUAACUACCAAGUUAAUACUAAUAGAAUUCUUCGGUUAAGUA